UGAGAGUCGCGCGCUGAAUGAAUUCCCGCGUCUCGCCAGGAGAUGGUGCCCGCAGCUGAAUCAAUCAUCCAUUCAUUUUCCAAACCGCGCUGGUCCAGCAUUAUCAUACAGAUGGUUGGAGGAGAUCAUGGAGCUGAGCAGUCAAGCACACACUUCUGUGAGUAUAAUGGAGUGGGCUGGAGUCCGGGAUGAGAAGACGCUGGAGACACAGAUAAGCAGGAAGACGCUGAAGACGCUAGAGACACAGAGGUUCAGGAGAGACGAAGGAACAAUGGCGCAUGGAGGUACUGUAAGUAGAUCAGGGAACCAGGGUUACAUACGUAACCCGAGACGUUUUCCACUGGUUGUGCUGGGUGACAAUGCACUGGGGAGAGGAGCCAGAAUCUGUUUCAACAGUCUUGAACACAAAGCUCUGUGGGAUGCUGAUCUCCUGGAGCACCAAAGGGUCCUAAAAUCUGGAACACGCAGAUGAGGCCCUGGCGUAGGUGCAGAAGGUCCUUAACAAUCUGGAACACACAGACAAAGGCUGGAGGCUCAGAAUGUGGUCGUCUCUGUUGCUGCCUCACAAGCUGUAGACCCAGAUCGUGGGACCUGUUGUUGUCUCUCUGGAUGGACCAGAGGCUCAGAACAGUGUUGUAUCUAUUAGUGUCUCAGCUUCGCAAGCCGGGACUCAGAACGGUAUAUCUGUUAUGUCUUUCCCCUUUGAAGGGCAGACUCAGAACAAGGAAUGUCUGUAUAGGGUACCUUUAUCCCUUUCUGAUGAGUAGGAGAUUGCAAUUUGGCGCUUCUCCAAUCGAGUGCUGUGAUUGGCUGCUGGCAUCAGAGGGGACACACACAGUGUGGCCCACCCUUCUUUACCCUGUGGAACUCAUUUGCAUAAAGCACAAAGUUGGAAGUCUUUACAGUGUCUUUAAAGUUUACCAAUGCAUUUCUCACUUUCCAAACCACCACCAGAAUACCUUUGGCAAUAUUCUAAACAAAUAGAGACUAAACAUGAUGGAAGAAGAUUGAAAUGUCAUGCAUUCAUUCAAUUGUACAUUAACAGCUGAAUUUGUGUCGGAUGUUGCACUACAAAUAGCUGUCACUGAGAAUACUUAUUUCUGUGAAUAAGUAUGAAAUGGAUGUGUGUAGUUUGCAUCAGUUCUAAGGUUUUCAAACAUAGUUUUGAAUGGAUUUGGACGGAUCUUUGUGAUCUCUCUUUGUUUCACCCAUUGCUGCUGAGGUCCCGAGGAAUUUUUAUGGCAGUCUCUGGCCAACCUUAGGAAGUAGUCUCUAGAUGGGUGAAGGGCAGAAACUGCAUGUGGACCAAUGAGAAGUCCUGUCCUUCCCAGGCUUGGUAUAAGAGGUCUUCUUCUUGCCCUCUAAGAGGUGUCUGGAUGUUGUCCUUGCAUCUUUAUCUGAUGGCGUUGGACAGUUUGUUUGUGUUAGUCCACCAAGAUCCAAUCAAAAUGUAGCAACCUUUGCCCGCUGUUAUGGACAGAGAGGGGCCUGGCCAUAAACUGGGCCCUGGAAUGUGCUGUUCACUACAUUUAGAAGUAUAAAAGUAUAGAAAAUGAGUGCUGAAAAGGAAGGUGACAACAGGGGAGAGGUGAAGAGGAAGGCAGAGCAUAUGGAACAGCCUAAAAAUAAGCACCGACAGCAAACAUACAGAACUGAGUGGGAAAAGGACCCCAGUUUUGCAGGAUGGUUAAGACCUGUUUGAGGCCAUGACACCAAAGCCUUCUGCCGGUGUUGUAACGUGCACAUGGUGGCUGAGAUGACUGUUUUAAAAAAUCACGACAAGUCAAAGAAACAUCAGGACAAAAAGAAAAAUCUAGCCCCAGCUCAAAGGUCCAUAGCCCAUUUGCUACAGAAACUGUCAGAGAGUGAACAGCUAGAUACAGCAGUUAAAAAUGCAGAGAUAACAUGGUUCAUGGCAGAGCACAACAUAGCAUUGAGGACCUCGGAUCAUUUGGUCAACAUUUUAAAAGAUAUAUUCAAAGAUUCGAAAACAGCUCAGCACAUGAGCCUUGGUUGCACAAAGACAACUGCUAUAACCAAGCAUGUCAUUGGCGGCUCUUACUUUGAGAGUCUAACCGAAAUCCUGAAAAGGAAAAAAUUCAGCGUUUUGAUUGACGAGUCAACAGAUAUCGGGAAUGUGAAAACACUUUGUGUCAUUGUUCGUUUUCUCGAUGAGGGCACAAACAGGAUUCAGUCCCGUUUCUGGAAACUGGUGCAGAUCUAUUCAGACCAACACAGACAGUCUGCCGCUGAGGGGGCCACUGCAGAAUGGCUUUACACCGAGAUGAUGAAGUCAUUCACCGAUGCAGAUGUACUGACUGAAAACAUAGUGCGGUUCGGGUCGGAUGGCUGCAAUACAAUGAUGGGAAAACACAAUUCUGUCUCCAUCCGCCUUAGAAAUGAUCUGCCGGGCAUCACAGUGCAGAGGUGUGUGUGCCACUCGUUGCACCUCUGUGCGAGUGAAGCACGCAAGCUGCUCCCUCGCAGGUGCGAGGAUUUAGCCAGAGACAUUUAUGGAUAUUUCAAAAACAGUGCAAAACGUCUCGCACAGCUCCGAGAAUUUCAAGAUUUUUGCCAUGUUGAACCCCACAAACUACUGAAGCCCUCCCAGACCAGAAGGCUGUCAUUGAGCGAAGUUGUGAAACGUGUGUCCACCCAGUGGAAUGCCCUCCGGCUUUUUUUCACUGACCAGUGGCUCGAGGCCAGAUUGACCACUGCGGAGAAUAUUUUUCGCUCCCUUAAUGAUGAGUGUCUUCACCUGUACUACUAUUUUCAGAAGUGAAAAGGUGGUGAUUACUUCAUUGAAGAGCAAAGUCUGUGAAACCUACACAGAUCUCCUUCUCACCUUCAUGGACAGAGACUAUGUUCUGCAUACUCCAUUGAAUCAGAUCAACAUAAAUAACGGCACAAAGCUUCGACCACUAAACACGCUGUACUUAGGUGUAAAAGUGAUGCAGCAUGUCCAGCAGGCUAAGAUUCCUGCAGCCACCCUGACAGAUUUUCAUGUGCGCUGUCAGAAUUUUCUCCGGGUUGCCUGCAGAGAAAUAAAGAAAUGGUUUGACUUUGAUGAUGUCCUCUUGACUCAAAUCGCGUGCCUCUCCCCUGCCACUGCGACUGAUGCCAAGGCACGAGCAGAGCAUUCGUCUUUGCUUCCCCUCAUGCAACAAGUGCCACGGUUGAUUGAAAUGGCAGACGCAGACCGUCUCCAAGCCAUCGAUGACCAGUGGAGGCGAUUGCCACUCGUGGCCUUAAGCGAAGAUACAAAGGCAAUGGAUGUUGAUGAAUUCUGGCACGAUAUUUCUACUUUGGAGGAUUUCGAGGGGGUAACCGUGUUCAGCAAAUUGGGGAAGUUUGCCCUCGGUGUUCUUGUGUUUCCCCAUUCAAAUGCGUCAUGUGAACGUAUUUUUUCUAAAGUCAACCUCAUCAAAACAAAGCCACGAAAUCGACUUAUUACAGACACUCUAAAUGGGCUCGUGCACACCUCAGAGUGUGUUAAGGAUGCGGGAGGGUGACCUGCUUUUAAGCCAAUGAGCACUAUGAUGCAGUCCAUGACGGCAUCAAAUCUGUACAGCAAAAGGACCCCCUCGACAUCUGGCAACAUGCCGGCUUCUGAUGACAGCGACUCAGAGGUGGAGUUUGGACCUUCACACUAAGAUACGAUAAUUUUGAGCUUCUGGUACGAUACUUGGACAUUUCCAAUCUGGCAACACUGUAUGUAAUCAGCAGAGCCGCAUAUCUCGUCCUGCUGGUAAGUCGCAUCAAUGAUUGCUCCGUCUUAAUACCUAAGUUUGGAUGACAACUUGACAUGGAGGGGGUCCUGCGGUGUAUGAGAUAGAAAUGGCUCAUUCUAAGGUAAUAAAUUAGGGCUGUCAAUAGAUUUAAAUUUUUAAUCGCACACUUAUCGUGAAAUUAAGCAUACGACAUUUAUCUUGUUUAACACGCCCAUUUUGCUAUCAUUGCCUAUAUCCAGCAAAGUAAACCAUCAGAUUGAAGUGUGAUUCUCACAAAACUGUAUUUUUCAGCUUUUUUCCCAAGAUAAAUGUAGGUGUUUUUCCAAAAAAAGGACACUUGCAGACUCCAAAAGAACACCAAAUAACCAAAUGAUAUGAGUCCAAGUAAAUCAUACAUUUAUGUACAUCAAAGCAUCCUUAAAAAAAAAUCACAGCAAAAAAAUGUUUCAGAAUUCACAGUGUAUAGUAUGUGCAACAGCAAAGACCUUGUUUACAUUUUAGACAAGUCAAGUUGCGAUACUGAACAGGACCACAUGGAGAUGACAAAAAAAACCUAAACCAACCCCCUUGACCUGCAUAUAUACUAAAUUACACAGCAACAUACACCGGACAAAUCAAAACAUUAUCCUGAAUGUUUGCGAAAACAACGUAAAUGUACUGAAAUGUGUCUGUGUGUAAUUCAGCUUUAGUUUGCUCCAGGGACCUGAUUUGUUGCUAUUUUGUUUGAUUCCACUACAUGGCAGAAUGUACCCAAAAAAAAAGAAGAAUAUGUACUAAAAAAUUCUAAAUAAAAAAUAAAUAAAAAU